GGGAGGCUUUGCUAUGCUGACAGGGUCGCCGAGCUCGUAUUUGUCGUGCCCUUUCUCGAGCAUGAAUAUGUCCUGCUGUUGACUGCCAUCUAGUUACCUUUCAUUUUUACCGCGGCUGGUGCAGAGUGUUGGAUCUCCCGUAUUGACGGUUGAGCUUAUGCCUCCCUCAUCGGAAGUCUAUACCUCCCCUUCUCCUACACCAGACAACAAGCAAAACCAAGAACCACCACUAUCUGGAGUUGGAGGACCUGGCAGCAAAGAGCCUGCCGCUCCCUCAGUCAGGACUAGUCCCACAGGCUUGCUUUCCCCUGAAGAUGGUGAGAAAGACACAAACUUGUUCAAUGGAGCCAUGGAUGAAUCUAAGCCCACGAUGGAAGAUAACGUCUCUUCUGGAGACACUAUGAAGAUGGAACCCGAGGAUAAGCCCUCCGGAAGUCAUCCUGAGAGAUCUUCGGAAGAAAACAUGAGACCGCCCACUCAACCAAUGGAACGCUUGUCAGUCUCGAAGAGAGCACCAGACACCUUGCCAGCCUUACAACUUGAUACCGACACCGAUUCUACCCUUCCUCCUCCUCCGCCACAGAAAGACAAUACUUAUAUAGAUCCUACUCCUAAGACUCCUCAAGCUCCGUACUCCCCUCUCACAACUCCAACCUACGCCGAUAAAGACCUCCCCGAUGUUCCUCGAGAUGGUCACACAGCUGAGGCUGGUGGGAAAGAAAGUGAUAAGGAAGGGGAAGGCGGGAAAUGCGAGGGUUCGCAGUCGGAGAUUCAGAGCAUAAUAGAGCAAUUCGCGGACGAAACAACAAGUUUGCGUCAAGAAGAAAUAAUGUCUCCUCGACUUGAGUUGGCCGCACAUCCACGUUUCCCUCCCCGUAAAUCCAGCCUCGAGCCCGUCCCAUCGUCCUUGGAAAGCGCGGGCGAUCAGCAGUCUAACUCCCGGCAACCACAAACGUCUUCCAUCCUAUCGAACCAUUCUCGCAGGUCUCUAUCACCCCCCGCCGUACCACCGAAGUCUCCCCCGAGUGUAUCCCAGAAAGCGACUGUUGGCGAAGAAACGGAGAGCACCGGCCCACCUCCUCCAGAACCCGAGCCCGAUCAGCCAUUUGACUUCCACCGCUUUCUGGAGCAGCUGAGGCAUCGAACAGCCGACCCAGUAGCUAAAUUCCUUCGUUCCUUUUUAACCGAGUUCGGGAAGAGGCAGUGGAUGGUCCACGAACAGGUCAAGAUCAUCAGUGAUUUCUUGGCGUUUAUCACAAACAAGAUGGCCAUGUGCGACGUCUGGAAAGAAGUCUCCGACGUUGAAUUUGACAAUGCCAAGGAAGGAAUGGAGAAGCUGGUCAUGAACAGGUUGUAUUCCCAGACUUUUUCUCCCGCGAUACCGCCCCCUCCAGUCCUCCCUCGAAACAGGAGUAGAGGGCGGAAAAAGGAUUUGGAGAAAUUGCUAGGCCCUGGGAGACGAGGUCAACAUCAAGAAGAUGUCGAGCGGGAUGAAAUUCUGGCCCAAAAGAUCCGGAUCUAUAGUUGGGUGCGAGAAGAGCACUUGGAUAUACCGCCGGUCAGUUCGAACGGCCACCGUUUCCUACAUUUGGCUCAGCAAGAGCUAUUGAAGAUCAAAGGCUACCGCGCUCCGAGAGACAAGGUCAUCUGCAUUUUGAAUUGUUGUAAGGUCAUUUUUGGUUUAUUAAAAAACUCCAGAGAUAGCGACACAUCUGCUGAUUCCUUUAUGCCGCUUCUGAUUUACGUUGUGCUGAAGGCCAACCCCGAACAUUUGGUAUCAAAUCUACAGUAUAUACUUCGAUUUCGCAACCAGGAAAAACUUGGAGGAGAGGCCGGCUACUAUCUCUCUUCAUUGUCCGGGGCCAUACAAUUUAUCGAGACACUUGACCGGACCUCUUUAACAGUCAGCCAAGAAGAGUUUGACCGGAAUGUUGAAGAAGCAGUCUCUGCCAUCGCCGAAAAACACAAAGAAGCUGAACAAUCACUCAGUCGGGAAGCAGAAAAGACCCUAGCAUCUCGUGAAAUUACCCCUCGAAAUUCGGAAGAGCAGGGAUCGAGAUCCACCGACUUGCCCUAUGCCUCUAACCCAGAGGACAAUCCUUCAAUGGCUGGAUUGCUGCGUACUAUCCAAAAGCCGUUGACUACCAUUGGCCGGAUAUUCUCAGAUGAAACAGAAUCUCAACAGCAGCAGCAGCAGCGAACGCUCGGGCCGCCGCAGCAAAAUCCGGGAUUGGCUUCAGCUCCAUAUCAGCAACAGCAACAGCAACAGCAACAGCAACAGCAACAGCAAAGAAACAAUGGGUUAAGAGGCGUUGAAAGGCAGCGAAUUCGGAACGAGCCCCCAACGCAGCAACAGAGGAACGGAUUCGAAGCACAAGAAGCGGCUGCGCGCCAGGCUAGUGCUGAGGCAGCCGAGGCGCACCGUAUACAGCGUGCUGAGCAUGCUGACGUUGUGGAGACGUUAUCGGGGAUGUUCCCAAACUUGGACAAAGAUGUCAUCGAUGAUGUUGUCCGGAUGAAGGAAGGAAGAGUCGGUCUGGCGGUAGACGCAUGUCUUGCUCUUAGCGCCGAAUAAAUCACCCAGGACGGAAGAUUUGUCGUCGUCGAGCAGUGACCUUGAGGCAAUUUUAUUGAAUUGUAGGCAUGAGCAUAGUGCUGGGGAUACCCUUGCACAAUUGACCAUUUGAUAUUCUUCAUUUUUCAACAUGCCCACUGGGGGGACCAACAAGGUAAAUAAAAACCGUGAAAAGUCAU